GCUCCCCACAUGUGCCACACCUGAUCGAGACACGAAUAUAUAGAUGCGUCUAUCUUGACACGUCUCACUCUUGCGACUGCACUCAUCUGUUCAAGUCGCUCUUACCAGCUUCGUUGUGUCCAUUGUUUGGCGACACAGGUUUCGUGCUCAAUCUCCCUCUUAGUAUCUAGCCUCGAUCACGAUCACCACCGUCGCAAAGAUGCGCCUUUGCCUGCCAAACCUGCUUGUGACGGCUGCACUUAUAUCGGCCGGCGCCGUGUUGGCGCAAGACAUUCCCACCGAUGUGCCCGUAUCAGUUCUCCUGACUUCAGCCCAGGAGCAUCUCACAAAGGGCGAGACUAACGAGGCCUUGGCCUAUUUCGAUGCGGCCAUCGCUCGAGAUCCGACCAACUACCUGUCAUUCUUCAAGCGGGCCACCACGUACCUGUCACUCGGUCGCGCAAACCUCGCAACUGAAGAUUUCAACAAGGUGCUCUCGCUGAAACCCGGGUUUUCAGGCGCCCACGUUCAGCUUGCCAAAAUCAAGGCCAAGGCUGCCGAAUGGGACGGCGCAAGAGCUGACUACGCCGCGGCCGGCGAAGGGUCUGACUCGCCCGACGUCCAGAGUCUGACGGCGGCGGAGGAGUCGAUGAAGCUGGCCUUUGCUGCCGAAAAAGAGGGUAAAUGGGAGGAAUGCGUCAACCACGCAGGGGACGCCAUCGUUACCGCCUCCAGGUACAUCCCGUUGCGCGAGACGCGAUCCCACUGUCGCUUUGAGCGAGGCGAGUUGGAAGAAGCCAUUGGCGAUCUUCGCCACGUGCUGCAGAUGCGCCCUGGAGACAUCUCCCCCCACGUCGUCAUCUCGGCUGUUUCGUUCUACAAUCUCGCAGAUCUCGACGCUGGCGUCGGCCAGAUCCGAAAGUGUCUCCAUUCCGAUCCAGACUCUAAAGUCUGCAAAAAGCUACACAAGCAGCAAAAGGCCAUUACCAAGGCAUUUACCAAAGUAAAUGGUCAAUUGAGCAAGGGACAGUAUACAACGGCGAGCAGAGGGUUGGUUGGGACAGAAGAAGACACUGGGCUCCUCCAGACCGUCAAAGAACAGGUCGAUGAGCUACGCCAGGAUGGAAGAAUACCCGCCCAAGGGAGAGUGUUACUGUACGAACAGCUGGUUGAGAUGGUUUGCCAGGCCUACGUUGAGUCAACAAGCAAGCAUGCCGAUAGGUAUUGCGACGAGGCAGUUCAACUAAAUGAAGAUUCAUUCUGGGGCCAGCUGCAUCGCGCCAAAACAUUACUCAAGAAAGAAGAGUUCGAGGCGGCUAUUCAGACGCUAGAAAACGCAGCCAACGCGCACCCAGACAAGAGAGACAAGAUCAACCCACUUCUUAACAAGGCACAGAUUGAACUCAAGCGGAGCAAGACAAAGGACUACUACAAGGUGCUUGGCGUUGCCCACGAUGCUGAUGAGAGACAGAUCAAAUCAGCAUACCGCAAGGCGUCCAAGCAGUUCCACCCAGACAAGGCCGUGAAGUCGGGCAUGAGCAAAGAGGAGGCCGAGAAGAAGAUGGCGGGUAUUAAUGAGGCGUACGAGGUGCUGAGCGACCCCGAACUGCGCGCCCGGUUUGACAGAGGAGACGACCCCAACAACCAAGAGAGAGGAAACCCAUUCCAAGGAUCACCGUUUGGAGGCCAGCACUGGGCGUUCCAGCAGCCAGGCGGCGGCGGUGGGCAGCAGUUCAAGUUUCAGUUUAACAACGGACCGUUUGGAUUCUAAAGCAGCAGCGGAGUUUUUUUGUCUUUUUGUUUCCCUUUUAUUUUUAUUUUACAGAGAUGGAUAGAUAGAUCCCCGUCAUCAUCGUCAUCGUCAUCACCACCAAUGCGUAGCGUUCACCCAUGCCAAAUACAUACCUUAGGUACAAUAGAUGCAAUACACACACUUGCAUUCAUUCAAAGAAACAAAAUAGAUAAAAUUCAACCUAAG